AUAUAUCCUUGUAGACGAAAGGCUCAUGAGAAGAUUUGAAGCAUCUUUUUCAUCUGAAAAACGGUGAAACAUUAGGCAUCAUAUAAAUUCUCGACCAUAGGUCAAAUUGAAUAAUUCUUCAUGCAUACUUAGGUUCUGUUCUCUUCGGCCAAGGAAAAAAAUUAGAAUGUUCUUACACAAAAAAUUAUUCUUCUAAAACGACAUGAUAUUAUUGUUUUUUACUCCCAAGUCUUAUCUAUUUAGUUAGCUCUAUUUGGAGUUGGAUUAAAAUAUUUUUAUGGCAUCAAAAAAUCCGUUUUAUAAUUAAAGUUUGUGCGAUAACCCACCAAUGGGCUUCAAAUGAAACAUUAUUUGAAUUAGUCAACAAAUAAAUAAUUAAAAGAAAUUAGAAUCACAUUUUUCUUAAUAAACAAAGAGAAACAAAGCCGCAAUUGGUACUCCACGUAUCAGGAACUGGGGUGCGUGGCAACAGGAAAUGAUCCCCUACGUCGCAUAUCAAUUACGUUUUUAUCGAUUGAGAAAAAUGGGGAAUACGUCUUGCAUAUUUUGUGCAUGCGUCGAACAGGCGAGUGUCGGCGUGGUGGAGAGGUGGGGCCGUUUCGAGAAGUUAGCGGAACCUGGCCUUCACUUAUUUAACCCCUUCGCCGGUCAGUGGCUCGCCGGCGUCCUCUCCACAAGAAUCUCCUCCCUCGAUGUCCGCAUCGAAACCAAAACCAAGGACAAUGUGUUUGUGCAAUUGCUUUGCUCCAUUCAAUACCGAGUGGUGAAUUCGCAUGCUGAUGAUGCAUUUUAUGAGCUGCAAAAUCCCAAAGAACAGAUCCAGGCUUAUGUGUUUGAUGUGGUUCGAGCUCUAGUUCCAAGAAUGAAUUUGGAUGAUCUCUUUGAACAAAAGGGUGAGGUUGCUAAAGCUGUUCUUGAGGAACUUGAGAAGGUGAUGGGAGAAUACGGAUACAGCAUUGAGCACAUACUGAUGGUUGACAUUAUACCUGAUGCUGCUGUGCGCAAGGCAAUGAAUGAGAUAAAUGCUGCUCAAAGACUUCAGCUUGCCAGUGUGUACAAAGGGGAAGCUGAGAAGGUGCUUCAAGUUAAAAGAGCAGAAGCUGAAGCUGAAUCCAAAUACCUGGGCGGGGUUGGUGUGGCCAGGCAGCGCCAGGCAAUCACAGAUGGCUUGAGGGAGAACAUCUUAAAUUUCUCGCACAAGGUGGAAGGUACCUCAGCCAAGGAAGUGAUGGAUCUUAUCAUGAUCACACAGUACUUUGAUACAAUCAAGGACCUUGGGAACUCCUCAAAUAACACUACUGUUUUUAUUCCCCAUGGACCUGGUCAUGUUAGGGAUAUCGGUGAGCAGAUACGGAAUGGGCUGAUGGAGGCAACUAGUGCUCAAGUAAACGUUGAAUAAAUAUCAUAAUACAAAAACGGUUGUUUUGAAUUUAAAGAGAAAACAAUCAAAUAGGUUGGUCUUUUUGCUAGAGUUGUUAUACCGUGCUUUGGUCAGUGAGGCAAUAAGAUUGGAUGAUGUAAGGGCUGUAAAGAAGAUUUAACAAUUUGAUGAGAAUGCUAUAUUUUUAUUUUUAUUUGUUUUAACUGCUAUAUUUUUAUUU